ACCAACCCAACCCGACCGGUUCUUCGCCAAACCUCCCCCAGCGAUUCUUCCGCCGCCAUGGCCCUCCGAGCUUCCGCGCCGCGCGGCGCCCACCGGCGACGCUCACCGGUGACGCCCGGGGUUCUCCAGCCGCAGCCGCCCUUGGUGCUACUGCAACCACCGCCCCAAAGUUUUCUUCCGGCUGGUACAGCCAUGGCUGCCCCAAGGUUAUCUGACCGCCGCGCUUCCCCGGGGUCAUCGCGCCCCUUCGCUGGAAGAUCUGGCACAGCCCAAGUCGACCGCCCCUGCCUCGUCCAUCCUGAGGUCGAUCUCCCAACCACAAGCCCUUCCUGCCUCACGUCGCGCGGGCUCGCGCGCGGUUCUGCUCCCUGCGGCGAUGCCCCGCGCCCCUUUCCUCCCUGCGGCAGUGCCUAGGCGCGGGCGACCACGUCCAUGCGUCCGCGGGCUCGCGGUUCUGCUCCCUGCGGCGAUGCCCCGCGCCCCUUUCCUCCCUGCGGCAGUGCCUAGGCGCGGGCGACCACGUCCAUGCGUCCGCGAGCUGAGCUGUUUCUUUUGCUGCACAGAUCGAUUGUGUUCGGCAGUCAUCGGCAGCACAGGCGUACUGACAAAAGAAGUACAGCUCACGCCGUCGGAAAUCACAAGUCGUCUCAUCGCCAACUGCUGCCGCGGGAGUCCUGGACGGGGAAGUACGAGACGCGAAGACGGGCAGUACGAUGCCAUGCGUUUUCGUGGCGCCUGUUGGUGUUGCCAGUUCCUAGCGCCUGUUUCGUCCGUGAGCAAUGAUCUGAGAUUGAAGUUCAGUUUCCGGGCUUCCCCCGAUGCACAGCUCGUCCCACAGCCGGCCUGGACUUCCUCUGGCGCAGACCCUAUACUUCCUAAACUCCUGCCGCCGGCCAGUGCCCGCAUGCUGCAGGUUGCUGCUGGUCUCCUCGCUAGGCCAUCGAGCUGGAGGACAACAUGUCCACCGCGCAAUGUCCAUGUCCACCGUGCACUGAAUUUCUAGCCAGAUUUUCUCUGAAGUUUCUGGCGACAGGCAACACAUGCAGUCCAGCCAGCUUCUCUGAAGUUUCUGGCGACAGGCAACACAUGCAGUCCAGCCAGCUUCUCUGAAAUUUCAUUCUUUCAUAUACUGGCAGUACACGUCAGUUAUUAGUAUGUGCCUGGAAGCUACGCCUAUGUGAAAAUUACUUGCAACAGGUAACUAGCUCUAUUUCUUGCUCUUACUCACUUUGUUGUGCAAUGGGGUCAGGGAAUAUGAUUGCAAUUGGGGUUCUGACAUAUAGUGAAAGUUUGUCACGGCGUUUUUGCAUAUUUUGCUUAGCUUAAUGUAUGUAGUCUUCAAAAAAAUCCUUAUAUAUUGUGU